GAGAGAGAGAGAGAGACAGAGAGAGAGAGAGAGAGAGCACGUAGUUUGCUUUCCGUCGGCAGGAGGGAACAGAGUUGAAUCGAGAAGCAGUUCCUACAGGCAAAAUCGCGGCCGGCCGAGCGAGGGAAGGCGAGGGAGCACGUCGUGAAAAUUAGCCGCGUACCGCAGCAACGAGACCGCGAGAUCGUUCUCGCAGGGGUCCGUCGCAGGGCGCUCUCCUUGAUCCUUGAUCGAGGGAUCGUCCUCCCACUCUCGCAGUUCGGAGUUGCCGGGUAGCGGCGCGACGCGCGCUGCGCUCCACGACAGUGCGCUAAGCGAGUUCCGACGACGCGAGCGCGCCAGUGCGGUGGUCGAGCGUGCAGCGGGUCGACAUGGCAGCGGACUACGACGAGAGUGAUCGUCGUCGUGCGGUGUGAUCGCGGCGGCCCGGAAGAGAGGAGAGACUGCACAGGGACAGAGAGUGACAGGCAGUGAGCAAGGGCGCGGGGCCGCGCGCGCUCGGAAGGACAGAACACCGUGGUCCGCGCGAGAGCGGGAUCAAGGCGUCGCUCUCUCGUGCGAGAGGCGAGCACGCCGAAGUCGCUCGCGUCGCGUCGCGUCGCGUCGAGCGCGCCGCGUCGCGCUCGAAAAUAGAACGUGGUUGCGAUUACGAACGAAGGAUCGAGCGAGCGGGCGGGCGACGCGCGAACGAGCGAGCGAGCGAGCGAGCGAGCGAACGACGCAUGCACGCACGCACGCAGGCACGCACAUACGUACGCACAUACAACGAGUGCAAAGAGAGGAGGAGGAGGAGAAGAAGAGGAGAAGGAGGUGGCGGAUAAGAGACCUCGGCAGGGAGAAGAGCGCCGUAGAGAGAAAGAGAGAGAAAGAGAAAAAGAGAGAAGAGUGUCCGACGGUUGAAGGCGGUCGUAGAAUGUCGCGCGUGUCGCUCAACAAGUCGCAGUACAGCCAGUACGGCUCGCGUCGCGUCCGCAAGAUCAGCUCGGUACGGACGGAGAGCGAAUACUCUGUGGAGGAACAAACGAGAUUAACUGAUGGACCAGGCGCUGAUGAAGCCUCGCCGGAGGACGAGGGCGGUUCGUUAUGCGAAUAUCACGACAUACCGCCCCCGCCGGACGGCGGCUACGGCUGGGUGGUUGUAUUCGCAUCGUUUAUGUGCAACAUGAUAGUGGAUGGUAUCGCCUAUACCUUCGGUGUCUUUCUGGGGGAAUUCGUGAAAUACUUCGGCGAAGGAAAGGGCAAGACCGCCUGGGUUGGCUCUUUACUUUCUGGAAUGUACCUUAGUGCUGGUCCAGUCGUCAGUGCUUUAACGAAUAAAUAUGGCUGUAGAGCAGUGUGUAUGGCGGGAAGUUUCCUAGGCGCUGCCGCAUUUGUACUUUCGACGUUUUCGAGCAGUGUAAAUAUACUUAUGAUGACUUACGGCAUCAUGGGAGGUAUCGGAUUCGGUUUAAUAUAUCUACCCGCGGUAGUUUGUGUGGGCUAUUAUUUUGAAACUAAGAGAUCUUUAGCUACGGGUAUUGCCGUAUGUGGAUCCGGAUUUGGAACGUUUGCGUUCGCUCCACUCGCCACCAUGUUGUUAGAAGCGUACAGCUGGAAGGGAGCAAAUCUAAUCCUGGCUGGCCUUAUACUGAAUUGUGCAGUAUUCGGUGCGAUGAUGAGGCCGUUGGAAUAUCCAAAAGCUUCUUCCGUUAAGCCGUUAUUGCAACGAAUGGCUGAGGAGAAGAGAUUCCAGAUGGAACGGGGUAGUAUUGGUGGUUCAUAUUUUAUGGUACAAUUGCCUGACGGUUCUAUGGAGAAGAGGAUGAAAAUGCCCAUAAAUAUAGAUCCUGGUGUUCACUCCAGUUUCAACCUAGACCAAUUAGUGCCUGGAACUCCUUUAACACCAGUUCCAACGGUGCCAACCCUCCCCACUAUAUCUGAAGUGAAGGUACAAGAGCAUUCCUCCAGCGGAGCGACUAGCAAUAGCGGCAGUAUGGAUUUGAAAAACAUCUCCAAUAAAUCUAAAAGCAAGAAGAAUAUCGACGAAACCAAAGACACGAAGGAUGCGGAGAAGCCCGAGAAUGAGUUCAAUAAGCCUGUUAUCCCCAGGAACGCGUCGCAGCCUGCUUUUACGACUCACGUGCAAGGUUUGCCUAAAAACGGCUCCGUACCAUUCUUCGAUAGGAUCCGUAAGACGAGUACUGGCGAACGUUACAAGCCUAGCCUUAGUGCAAUAAAGAACUCCAGAACGACACUCAAUUCCAACGGAGACAUCCGCAAAAGUCUGCACCUGAGACUCUCCACGAGCAGUGUGUUAGGGUCACGAAACAAUAAUGCUGAGGUUGAUGAUGGUGAGAGUAUUACCUUUACUACCAGUAAAACUAGUAUCCCAAAGGAAAAACCAAUGAUGGUCCGUCCCUUGUCGAGAAAGGAUAUUUUCUACAGCGGUAGCGUAGUGAAUUUACCAGAAUACCAAAGCCAGAAAUCUCUCGCCAAUUAUCGUCAGAGUGUUAUUUCCCUCCCCAAGUCGGUGCGCGGAGAUAUGAAGGAUGUCGAUGUUGAGAAAGCGCCGCAACAACCUCUGUGUCCUUGCUUGGUAUUGCCAGACUCGUUCAAGGAAGCUCUGGCGACGAUGAUGGAUAUGUCCUUGCUGAAAGAUCCAGUUUUCCUUCUAAUCGGUAUCAGCAACGUGUUCGGAAUGGCUGGGUUGUAUGUUCCUUUUGUAUAUCUGGUGGAUGCUGCGAAAUUAGAUGGGAUCGAAAGCAAUUCCGCGUCAUUCUUGCUAUCCAUCAUCGGAAUAACAAACACGAUAGGUCGUGUGGCCUGUGGAUACGUCGCGGACUUUCCGCAAGUCGAUUCCUUGCUGUUAAAUAAUAUCUGCUUGAUUAUAUCCACGAUCGCAGUAGCUGCUACGCCAUUUUGCCAUAGUUACGCCGCUUACAUCAUCAUGAGCAUAUUUUUUGGAAUAGCAAUAUCUGGGUACAUCUCGUUGACAUCGAUUAUCCUGGUGGACCUCUUGGGACUCGACAAAUUGACGAAUGCUUUCGGCCUGUUAAUUUUAUUCAGAGGGGCUGCCGCAAUAGUCGGUUCACCGUUAGCGGGUGCUGUUUACGACGCGACGCAAAGUUACAGUAUCCCGUUCUUCAUGGCAGGGUUCUUCUUCUUUGUGAGCACUGUUACCAGCUUCAUGGCCCCUUUUAUGAAACGGUGCACUACACCGGAGACUCAACCUGUGAUAUUAGAUACAUUGACUCCGAUUGACGAAGAUAUUGAGGAGGAGAACGAGGAAGAUAUACCGGAGAUAGUAGAAACCGCGCCGUCACCCUUAGAGCCACCCGAGAAGGAGAUCAAGCAAAUAGAGUCUGUUUUAUAAGUACUUCUGAUCUUUUUUAAACGGACAAACAAAAUCGCCUUCACUCCGAGCCACACUGUGAUAGGGCUGCUACUUUUUUGAGAUGUCUCAAAGGAAAAGGUACUUCUUUGUAACACACUUAAACGACGAAGCACAAAUUAGCGACAUACCUGAUGGGAUUUUCACAAUUCGUACUUACGGUUUAAGUCGUGUACGUGAAACUGCGCGCAUAUACGACAUCUUCAUUUCUUUUUUAUCGGACUGUCAAACGACACACACAUGUAGACACAGGAAAAUGCCAUCAGGUAUAAAUACUUAGUUGCCUACGUGUAAUAGCGAGUGAUAGAUAGAGCGUUCUAAUUAACCUAAUCAGUAUCGAUCGAACAGUAUAGAGAGAGAAAGGAAAAAAAUAUUAAAAAAAAUUUGCUCUUGCACGUGCAUAUCGAGUAAUCUUGGAUAAAUUAUUAAUCUGCAUCAUAUAGAAAUAUAAUAUCAAUUUGGAACAAGGAUUGGUCAAUAUAUGAUUGGACGCUCGUCCUUAAUCGCCGCG